UUUGAAUAGGGAAGUUUUGCAGGGGUUACGUUUGCAGUCAGUUCAGUGUUUGCAAAUAUUGUGUAGGUUCCUGAGCAAGUCUCUGUGAUCCAGGAGAAUCCGAAUUUGAGGCGUCUAAUUGCUGUGCAGUUGAGUUUGCAUGAAACUUUCACCUCCUCUGCAGGAAUUGACUCUUGUGAUUUCGGGAGAGAGUUUUACAUCUCUCUGACUACAGACCACACACCUCCCUAUUUUUACAACAGAAUUGACUUUAUUUUCCAACCCGACAUGGAUGUACUCCCAAUGUGCAGCAUCUUCCAGGAACUCCAGAUUGUGCAUGAAACGGGUUACUUCUCAGCUUUACCAUCCCUGGAAGAAUAUUGGCAACAGACCUGCCUAGAAUUGGAACGUUACCUCCAGAGCGAACCCUGCUAUGUGUCAGCAUCAGAAAUCAAAUUUGACAGCCAGGAAGAUCUGUGGACCAAAAUCAUUCUGGCUCGGGAGAAAAAGGAGGAAUCUGAACUGAAGAUUUCUUCUAGUCCUCAAGAGGACACUCUAAUCAGCCCAACUUUGAGUUACAAUUUAGAGACCAACAGCUUGAAUUCGGAUGUGAGCAGUGAAUCAUCUGACAGCUCCGAAGAACUUUCACCUACUACUAAAUUUACCUCUGAUCCAAUAGGCGAAGUUUUAGUCAAUUCAGGAAAUCUGAGCUCCUCUGUCACUUCCACUCCUCCUUCUUCUCCAGAACUGAGCAGAGAACCUUCUCAACUGUGGAAUUGUGUACCCGGGGAAUUGCACUCACCGGGUAAAAUCCGUAGUGGGACUGUGGGAAAGCCUGGUGACAAGGGCAGUGGCGACACCUCCCCAGAUGGCAGGAGGAGAGUCCAUCGGUGCCACUUCAAUGGCUGCAGAAAAGUUUACACCAAAAGUUCCCAUUUGAAAGCACAUCAGCGCACUCAUACAGGAGAAAAGCCUUACAGAUGCUCAUGGGAAGGAUGCGAGUGGCGUUUUGCAAGAAGUGAUGAGUUAACCAGACACUUCAGAAAGCACACUGGUGCCAAGCCUUUUAAAUGUUCUCACUGUGACAGGUGUUUUUCCAGGUCUGACCACCUGGCCCUUCACAUGAAGAGACACCUCUGAGAGAGCAGAGGGGCGAAUCCUGUGGGCUAAAAGGCGUCAAGGCUGAGACCCGGCCUUGGAAGGAGGGAUGCGUGUUCCAGCCAAAGCAUGCCAUUUUGCACCCUACCCAGUUGCCUCCAGGACCUCUCCUUGGAAGGUCUUUCGAGGGCUAAAAAAGUCAUGUAAGAAGCGGCAUAGCAACCAUGGUGCAUGAUGUUUGGGUGAUCCUGGACUCGUCACUGGUACCUAACCUUCUGAGUGGCUCCUAAGCCUUUGCCGUGAGCAUGUGCACUGAGAAUGUUAAUGGGUGGGUUGACUGUAUGUUGAGGAUCUAUUACUGAUUGUAUGAUGAGGCCAACUUUUUUUCCUUGUGGUAACAGAACUACAAGAGACAGAAAAAAAGGUGUUUGUAUGUUUUGUGUGUAAGAAGUAUACCAUGAGAUGAGAUGACCACCAAUCAUUUCCUGGGGUGGGGGGUAUCUGCACCUUAGAAAAAAAAAACAAAAAAAAAAACAAAAAAAAG